UAACUGCAUCAGACUCUUCCCAGCAUGCAUUACAGGACGCUCAUGAUGUACACUGAAAUAGGGUGCUUCGUAGCGUGCGUCUGCGGCUGGAUCUUGGUUUGUUCCACGAUGCCGACGAAUUACUGGACUUACUCUGAAGUGGACAGUUUAGUUCUGACGUCUGGCCACUAUUUCUCCAACCUCUGGAAAGACUGUCUGUCUGACUCCACGGGCGUUUCUGACUGCAAAGAGUUCCCCACCCUGCUGGCUCUGCAGACGUACAUUCAUCUGUGCCGAUCUCUCGUCAUCACCUCCAUAAUUCUGGGAUUGUUCGGGGCCAUCCUUGCUUUGGUGGGGAUGAAGUGCACAAAACUAGGAGGCUCUGAAAUCAUGAAUGCGAAGGUCACCUUUGCUGCAGGGAUGAAUUACCUCCUGUCAGGUCUCUGCGGUAUGUUUGCCUACAGCUGGUACGCCCACAAGGUGAUUUCUGAGUUCAUGGAUCCAAAUUACAGAGCAAAAAAGUUUGAGCUGGGCUCCGCUCUGUUUGUGGGAUGGGGCGGCUCGGCUCUCCUCGUGGUGGGAGGAUUGGUGUUCAGCAUCACCGCAGGGAAGGAAGCCUGCCGAUCCAGCUCCAAGACCCAAGAGAUGUCCAAUCACACUCCUCCCUCCAAUCUCUCUGAAGCGAACCAGAAGACACACAGUCCUCCGCUGUCACCCAUCCCUGACCGAGCGAACCAGAAGACCAGCAAACCUCCCAAAGCAUCUCACGCCGUGGACGCUUACGUCUGAUGGCCCCCUUCAUAUAAUCUAUAAUCUUUAGGAGAAUGUCCUUAGUAAUAGUUUGAGGCACGUGUUUAGUAACACAGAGAUUGAAACACUGGUGUCCAGUGAAGAGCUGGAGGAAUGGUUUGAUAGAAGUGAACUGGAUCUGCUGGUCUGUGCUAAUAAAGACUGACCUACACGUCCAAUACAAAACUACUGACUUCUCUGGAUUAUUCAUAUUUCAUAGUAAACAAUAACUGAUCAAGUGUGUACCUAAUGAUCACUUUGUCAAAUAAUGAAUUUAAUAUUGUAAAUUUGAACCUCACAAUACUAGUGUUGUCACAGUACCGAAAUGUCAGUAGUCUACCAAAACCAGUCAAAUUUCAGUUCUCUGUACCAUAGUAAAAAUGAUUUGAAAUUAUAUAUAUAUA